AUGGAGCAACAAAUACCACUAAACUCCGAGGCCUCCGAGGGUGACACCCACAAGCAGACAACCACCACCCUGCCCCCGGACGUCGUUCAAUGCCUCGAAAAUGCCCGUUUCCUUCAUCUUGCGACUUGCACCGAUAACGUGCCCCAUGUCUCACUCAUGAACUACACCUACCUCCCCUCGUCGCCGUACUCCUCGGCCCCCGUCAUCGUCAUGACUACCAACCCGGCCUCUCGCAAGAUGACAAACCUUGUCACUAACCCCAACGUCUCCCUCCUCGUCCACGACUGGGUCUCCCACCGCCCACCGACCCAAGGCCGCCGACCCUCUGGCGGCUCUCCCGGACCCGAGCACCGCUCCAGCUUGGCCUCGAUGCUCAUCAACCUCAACACGUCGGCACUGUCUAGCAUCAGCGCGACCAUUGGCGGCGCCGCACGUCUCGUCCCCAGUGGCUCCGAGGAGGAGAAGUACUACCGCGACCAGCACCUCGAGAACAACACCUUUGACGAUUCCAACGCCCAGCCGUUUACCCGCGACACUGGCCCUGUUGAGGAUGGCGGUCGCGAGUGCUUCAUCGCUGGCGAGGAGGUCAGAGUUGUGCUUGUAGAUAUCAAGGACGUGAGAAUCAGCGACUGGAAAGGCACUGUGAGAGAUUGGGCUCUAGUGCCGGAGAGUGAGAACCUUGUUAAUGGAUCUCGGUAG